CCCAACUGACUGCAUCCAAUCUUUGGUAGCUUCGUGGAAAUCUUGAAUCGGAGUCCUGGUGCACUCGCAAUCAACUUCUCCCGGACAGUUUUGCUCGCGGCCGGCUUGCGAAUUCUACCAUUUACUACGCAGAGCUCCAAGGCCCGUAUCCCAAUUUGCGUCUUCGGAGAGUUAAUUGUGGACGUAGUUUCCUGAAACUCAAUAUCUCCCCGUGAGGCUUGCUUUCGAAUCACCCACCACGAUGGCAACAUACGGCUACGGCCCACCACCGCCUCCUCCAGCUGGCGCUCCUCCACAAGCUUACCAGCAACAGUACGGCCAGUACCAACAACCACCAGCUACGGGGCAUGUUCACGGAGGCCAUGCUCCCCGAGGAGGUCGGGGCGCCCACAGCGGACGCGGCGACUUUCACGGCUCUCCACCGUCCUACCCCUAUAACAACCAACCGCAGCCCCCUCCUAGUUAUACUGGGCCACACCAUGCUCCUCCACCUCCACAUACACCCUUAGCCCCCCAAAACUACCAUCCCAACUACGCGCCGCAGCAUUACCAGCAGCCUCAAUAUGCCCAUCAGCAACAAUACCCCCAUCAACAACCACAGCAACCCCCACAACCGCCGCAACAAGCGCCUUAUGCUCAUCACUACCCCUCGUACCCUCAGGCCCCAAAUGCGCCUCCUCAUCAGCCGUGGGGAGGCCCUGCAACAGCUGGUCACCAGCCUGCGGGCCCUGCUCAUUACGGAUCAGGACGUGGUCGGGGCGGGCACCAAGGGGACCGUGGCGGACACAAGCCAGCUGCUGCUAUGGGCCCGCCGCUGCGCAUGGGUUUCGAUAACCGCGGUCCAGAGCCGCCUGCUUUAGUGAGCAGCGCUACUGUCUAUCCUCCUCAGCCUUUUGGGCCUCCCCAGGGGGGGGCGCCGUACGCACCACCGCCGUCUUAUCACCCAGGCUAUCCACAGCCUGGCCCACCUCACAUGCAUGCUCCUGGCCCCCCUCACUACGAUCCAUAUCAGUCUGGCCAGCACGGUGGUGGUCGCUCUCACGGACGCGGUGGCUUCCACAAUAGCAACCGUGGUCGGCCUCAUACUGGUGGCGACAAGAUGCGCCACAAUAACCACAAGAAGCCCAACGGGGUUCCCUCCACGCCUCAAGGUGGUCAUCAGAAGCCUGAUGCACCAUCCGCAGGGAAGAAAAAGAAGCGCAAGACGAAUACUCUUGGACUCACCCCUGGUGAUGAGUCCGAUGAUGACUUCAAUGAAGAGGCGAAGCUUGUCGAGCUGAUAGGCCCAGAUGCCCCCAAUCCCACCGAUAUUGCUGCAUGGAUCGCAGAACGCAAAGCCAACUUCCCCACGCAGGCGCGCAUCAAAGCCCUGGCUGCAGCUGCGGCAACCUCAAACGGCGAAAAGGCGAAAGACGGCAAAGAUGCCGCAGUCUCGUCACUUGAGAAGCAGAAGCUCAAGGCAGAGAAACUCAGGAAGCAGCUUGAAAAAGUAGAAUCGAGUAUCAAGCGUAAGAGGGAGCAGCAGGACGAAGGUGAUGACAUGAGGGAUGUCAAGGCCAGUCCUUCCUCCUCUGAUGAUUCCCAGUCGGACUCAGACAAGCCUGAGGUUCUGCCCAGCCGCCCAGCCGUGCCACCGCCGUCCAAGAAGGCGGAUCCCUCAAAACACUGCAAGUACUACUCGACGGGUGGUGUAUGUGGUAAGAAAGGCAAGUGUCGCUUUGUUCACGACGAGGCAGUUCGAUCUGCUGCCCUGCGGGAGCGCGAGAUGAAUGGCGGCAGAAUGACACUCCAGCAGCGCCUGACAUUGAACGACAAGGAUCAAGAGGAUCUCACGAUUGUCAAGACUCUUCAAUAUCUCAAGGAGAAAGGCCUAAUUGAUCAAUCGGGCAGUACGCCCAGCUCGCAACCAAACAGGUCGGAGACAAGUGCCGACCUGCCGCCUCGCCCAGCUGUCGUUGCUACCUCAUCCCGCGCAUCAGCGGAUCCCUAUCAGGGGUGGGACCUAAAUGGCUUUGGCAACUCGGGAGCGAGGGACUCGGUCUAGAGGGCCAAGUACCUGGGGAAUCUGUCAUGAUAGGUGUUUUAAAGGCGAAGUGCCCUGAAGCUAUAAGAUGACGGUUUCUUUUCCCUGAUUUUUUGUCUGUACCAAAAACUUUUUAGUUGUUGUCAUACCCUUCUUUCACCCCCUUUCUUUUUCUCUCUUCUAUUUUUAACCAAAGCAUUUGCGCUGCCAACAUCUCUAAUUGUCGAUAAUUUGUGCCACUUUGGCAUUUUUGUGUUUAUCUCUAUUCACGAUUUAUUAGGUUUUCUCGCUCUUUAUGCUUACAGAGAGGGAUUACGGGCACACUGCAACUUCACGUUAGCACCCUGGCCUUGGGCCAAUGUCAACCAUCGCAUAACCCUUUUCGCUGAUGGACUCUAGAGAGUUUUCCAAAUCAGAGUAUCAGGGACUUCGCAUUUUGAUUUUAAUUUUGAUUUGUAGUUUGGCAUAUUUGCUCCUUGGGCACCUCACCAGUGCGUGGUUACUUGCCGCAAAAAUCGCAACGCAAUGUGGGCAAAUGGCAAACAUCAAGGCACAGAGUGGCUCACUGUCUUGGGCUGACGGCAAGUGCAAAACAUUUUGUUACAGUAAGAAUUGGCAUUCUCCAUAUACCCACGGUUUUAUUCCAAGUAGCAAGCUCCCUUCAGAAGAACUCGACCACAGCAUCAUUUCCGUCGUGGAUGCUAUCAAAAAAAAAAAAAAAAAACUUGAUUAAACACUAACAGACAAACGCUUAUGCUAUCCACCAACUCCCCGCAAUCUAAUUGAUAAAUUUGAUCUUCUCGUCUAGUUAUUUCCUGCAAAGCAUUGUAUAGCCGUAGUUAAAUUACCAACUAUCAGCG